AUGAUUAAACUGAAAAGGAAGAAGGGCGAGAAAUUCCCUGCGGAGGCGCCUUCAGGUGUGCCUUCACCCGCAAGCGGUGGGUCGGCGAAGCGGCAUCGCGCGCCAUCGGAGGCCGUCUCCCGCGAUCUUCCGUUUAAAAAGAAGGCAAAAGCUUCUUCUGCUUCUUCUCUGGCUUCCCAGAGCAAGGAAUCCCCCGCGGCCUCCUCCAGCGCCGCACCCGACAAAAUUGAUUUGGUCGGCGGUUCUGUUGACUGUGGUGGACUGAGACGGGCCAUUUGCGCCCUCUGCCGCCACGUGCAGAAGCAACAAAAAAACGAAGACUUUCAAGACCUCCUUGGCGGCAGCGGAGGCCCCACAGUCUGCCUGAUGUUCUCUUUGCAGAACAUUCCUGCGGGCCAACGCAUAUACCCACACCUCAUCGAAUUGCCGUUUAGCCCUCAGGAUGCUUCAGGGGAGGUGUGUUUAAUUGUCCGCGACCCGCAGCGCAAGUGGAAGGACCUAGUGGCAGCAGCACAGCCUUCGUUGUCUUUUGUUUCAAGAGUUAUUUCUUACAGAAAGCUGCAAAAGAAGUUUCCGCAGUUUGCAGACAAAAGGAACCUCUGCAGCUCCUUCGACCUCUUCAUGGUCGAUACCACUGUCAAGGAAAAAGUUUACAAUACACUCGGCAAAGCCUUCUUCAGUACAAACAAACUGCCGCUGCCCAUUCGAAUGGGGCCUUCUACUUUGGAAAGAGAAGUGCUGAAGGCUCACAAAAGCACCCCGCUUGUGAUUAAAAGGGGCCCUUCCCUAGCUAUCCGUAUCGGCAGGGCAUUGGGGGCACCAGAGCAGCUGUGUGCCAACGCAGAAGCGGCAAUUCGAGGUGUUUCAGAGUUUUUUCAGCAAAAUCACAAGUGGAAGAACACUAUUACGACAAUACAUGUGCAAGCCACUAACACACCCGCACUGCCUGUGUACGUUCACCCCAAGUACGCCCAGGCGGCGGAGUACUACGCAAAGAACAAGCCCCCCUCCGCAGAUCCAAGCACAGGAGAGGAGGAAGCGGAAAAAAACAAACACGCAACACAAGAUAACGCAAAGUACAUGCACCAAGUCGCAGACACACGCAAAAUCAAAAGGGGAAAGGAACCUGAUACGCCACACAAGCACAAAGGAGGUGAUAAAUCGGCGAAGCACACCGGUGCACCUGCAAAGGAGAAAAAGGCAAAGCACGGCGCAAACAGCAAAUGA